AUGAAGCUUCAAAGCAGCAAAGGUGAUUUUAUUACAAGCAUGCUUAAAGAUUGUUACAAUAAUUUAAACUGGCUUGCUGCAAUCAUGAAUAUAACUGGUGACUCUGCACUUCUAGUGACAAACAUAUUCCCCCAGUUACCCUAUUUCUGGGCAGUUUUCCUCACUCAGGAUAAAUAUUUGGCCAUGACCAAUUUGUUCCAUAGAUUGGCAGAAAUAGAAGCUCAUCAACCUUAUCUAUUAAAUAAUGAAGUGAAGAGGGGGACGCGCUGUUUAGCUCAGUGUGUUCUGAUUGAUGAUGAGGAGGGAACCUGGAACAGGUGCUGGGUGGUUGAUAUGGUUUCUGAUUUCGCCAUUGUGUUUUUCAUGGAUUAUGGCAUGACCGCCAAUGUUCCCAUCAGUUCUCUGCGCCAGCUGAAUUCUGACACAUUUUGGUUGACUCCUCCUCUGGCUCAGCCUUUCAUGUUGAAGGAAGGCUGCUGCUCCAUCGAUUUAGUCAGAAGCAUCAUUAAGGGCAAAACCAAUGGGUUCUGUAGCAAUGAGAAACUGUUCCCUAUUCCGAACUCUCAGCACGAGCUGUGGUGGACUGUCCCUAAGGUGGAUGGUGCCAUCUCUACGUUCGUGAAGCAGACGACUAUUCCUGUCGAGGAUAGUUCGUCGCUUAAAGAGCCCAUGGAUAAAAAGUUGGAAAACAUGUUGAGGAAAAUGUUUUAA